AUGGGUGCUGGUCCAUUUCACAUGGAGCCGGAGCUGCAGCAUGGUAGCAUGGUAGGAGUUGCUCUCCUUCUACUCUUAAUCCCUAUGUCCACCAGUGGCUUUGCAAACUUGGCUGAAGAGACUUUGAUCAAGCAGCAUGACUAUGACAAGGUUCUUGGACAACUUGUCUCCCUUCUCUCCAGCCCACAGCUCUACUGCUUGAGUAAGAAUUCCAUAGGUGGGUCAUUUUCGGCUUCCUCCCACCGAUGCCACCACAAGCAGAAGCACUGUCUCCCCAUCCCGCAGUGUGGAGCUCUGUCCAUCAGCCCUCUGCUUUUUCAUCCCCACACCAAGGGAUCCCAGAUCAUCAUGGACACAACACAGAAGGCAGUGAAGCGCCAGGCUAGCUUCUGCAAUGCUAUUACCUUCAGCAACAGGCCCAUUGUUAUUUAUGAACAAGUCAGGCUUAAGUUUUUGGAGCCAUCAGUGGAGACCACUGUAGAAACUGGGAAGAAAAAGGAAAUCCAUGCUCCAGAAGAGCUUAUCUGGAUGCUGGGCAAUGAACAACAGGUCAUGAGAGACCUCAUCAUCCUAGCACCAUGGAGGAAGAGCUCUGCUGCUGCAGGUGCUGAGAUAAAAGCUCUUAUGGCCAUUUUUGGCACAUUUUGUGAGAGGAUGAUUCUUAGGCCAAAAGGAAUUACCCUAGAAAUAGAAAUCACUAAAAAGCAGUGUUGCUGGAGUGGGGCUCUUCGACUUGGGUUUACUUCCAAAGAUCCAUCGAGGAUUAACCCUGACACUCUGCCCAAGUACGCCUGCCCCGACUUGGUUUCCCAAAGCGGUUUUUGGGCCAAGGCUCUGCCUGAAGAGUUUGCGAAUGAGGGAAACAUCAUAGCCUUCUGGGUGGACAAGAAGGGACGUGUUUUCUAUCGGGUGAAUGACUCUGCUGCCAUGCUCUUCUUCAGCGGGGUGAGGACGGCAGAGCCCCUCUGGGCGUUGAUCGAUGUCUACGGACUCACCCGUGGAGUGCAGCUCUUAG